AUGUUUGGAAGAUCUCUACAUUCAUUUACCAACAAAAACUUUAACCCAAUUUUAAAGAGUUUGGAUAGAGCUUUGGUAAAUACUACCUACAACUCAGUUUCAGCACCUAUCAUCAAACCACAAAGAGGUAGUGCACCAGAAGUCAACUAUUCUACUCAACCAAAACAUUUCACUAUAACAGAAAAGAAAGCUGAGGAACUUAGAGUACCAAAGCAACCAACAUCCCCACAUGUGCUUAUUUAUAGAUUCCCAUUACCAGCUGUAAUGAGUAUUUUACACAGAGUUACUGGUGUUUUCUUGGGUUUAGGUCUUUUUGGUGUUUGCUCAACUGCUCUUUUUGCUCCACAAGAUGUCACUGUUUACAUUGAUAUGUUAAAAACUAAUUAUCCACUCCUUGUCUACCCAGCUAAGUUCUGUAUUGCUUUUCCAUUAGCCUAUCACACCUCAACUGGUAUUCGUCAUCUCUUUUGGGAUGAAACUCAAAAAGGUAUUACCACUCCACUCGCCGAAAGCACUUGUAAAAUUAUUAUUGGUAUUGUUAGUGUUGCAACAUUUAUCUUUACCUUCUUCUCCUUCAACUAAAUGUUCCACACAAUUUAGAAUUUAAAAAAAAAACAAAAAAAAAAAUAAAUUCAAUAAAAAAGUAUUAUAAUUUUUGUACUAUUUGAUGGAUACAAAAACCUUUUCUUUU